AUGGAGGUGAAACGGAAAAAGAUCGGCCUAGCCGAUCUUCCAUCAGAGACUCUCUUUCAGAUCUUCAACCAUGCCAAGGUCAACGCACCUUUUGACGCUGACGGCUUGAGAUACUUUGAGAGAUUCGCUCGAAACGGCAGCGACAUCAUGAGCAUUCGUUUGACCUGCCGCAGGUUUGCCAAGAUUGCAGCGCCUCUUGUCUCGCAAGUUGCUCACUGCUCAAUCUUUGACCCUAAAUCGCUCGAGUCGUUUGAGCGUCUCUCGCAAGCCCCAUUCUUUUCCCGGCAUGUUCAAGUCGCCCAUGUUCACCUUGGCUUCCAUGACCCUCUCAUCGCCAACAACCAGGAAACUCUGGCAGCAUACCUCUGCGCCAUGUGGGAAGAGUAUAUCCAGAGGAUGCCAAAGGAGGGAAGCUUUGUCACUGAGACAAUCCCUAUGGUUAUGGAGACUGUCCAGUACUGGGCUCUGGUUGCUGACGGCCAGAAGAAGACCGCGGCUAAGAAAAAGAACAACCCCACCGCCGACGUCAACAAGGAUGAUUUCAAGUUUGGCAUAUGCAUGCGCAUGCUCGGCCUCAUUCACACUGAGUAUCGAAGACGCUACCUUGCCCAACAGUAUCUACGCAAGUCUGGUGAUGGAAUUCGACGAGUGGCCCAGGCUAUGGCUCGGAUGCCGCGUGCAACCCGUCUCGUCUUGGACGACGCUCGCUGUCCAGGACCGGAGGAGCUAGGCGCUGCUAUGGUUAUCCUCUUGGGCCAGGGCCCAAAAUAUGUUCGAGACUCUGACUGUGCUAUGUUCGCAACGCUCGUAAGCUGGGUCACUUGCUGGAAGUUUAAAAAAGAUGAUGAAAUCCCCAUGAAGUCACCACUCAAGUACUUCCGUGUUCCUAUCGAUCUCAUCAUCGACCUUCCAGUUGCUGUGCACGCAGCAGGUGUGAAGCUUACUGGCCUGCGCAUUUUGGGCAUGCAGAUCCCGAACGCCGUGCCAGCCUGGGACUGCCAUGACCCAUACGGCUGGAUUCAACACCCUCCCCACAACUUUUCCGAUCAGAUCAACCUGCCGGGACCCAAGGAGCUCAGAGAGGCCUGCAAGGGACUCAAAGUGCUGGAGAUUACUCCAUUGUACGGCUACAACUGCUUUGAAACGGUUAGGAACGCAGCCACCUCGCCGUUCCGAGACAGAAACGACUAUGACCUGACACGUCUUAGCGGUAUCAUCAAGUACAUGGCGGCGGAGACUUUGACGCAGAUGCACCUUGACUGCGCCUCCAUUCUCUAUCGAGACGAGGAAGGUUUCAAUCAUGAGCACAGUGACAGACUCUUCAAAGCUUCUCGCUGGCCAAACCUUCAAGUAUUUCACCUUGAGAAUGCGCGGAUCAGGAACACCGAGACUUCUCUACUCAAGAUGCUCCGGGAACUGCCUGACCUCUGCGAGGUGCGUCUCGACCACGUGGCCCUCAUUUCCUUCUACCGGCCUUCAAACAUGGCUCCCCAGGCCAGCUGGUCUUAUGUGGUUGACAAUCUCCGAGACGAGAUACCUCGCCUCUGCGAGAACCGAAAGCAGCGGGGCUUGGAGCAGAAUCUUCCCAUCAUAGUUAGACGUGCCACCGUCAGCAACCGCUUGGCCUGGGAGUCGUACUGCUGCUUGCAGAUCUACCAGGAUUACGUCGACGAUCUCUUCAACAUCAGGGACCACACCGGCUGCACCAAGGUGGACAAGUAUCUACUAGGAGCUACCGAGGUCAAUCCGUUGGUCAAGCUCAAUGACCGCAUAGGAUUCCUCUGCGAACGCCUUAUGUACAGCGACAUGCCUUAUGACCACACUCUGCAUGACGCUCUGAGGUACAGAACGACACCCAGACUGACUCCGUGA